AUGUCUAAAAAUUUAUCUCCUUUGAACCCGUGGACUCGCCCUUCGGAAGCAGGCCCUUCGAAUGCUUCGCCAUACUUGGAUGAUUUCGACGAUUUGGGGAAUGGUCCUUCGCUUCUUGGAAGGAAGAUUGUUAGUUCCCCUGACUCGAAUGCCGGUAGUGCAACACACCCGAUCUCUCUUGGAGUUUCCGUUGGGGAGGUACACGACGAUGCUGGAACAGUUAAGUCAGAGCAGGAUGACGGAGUGGAGACCAAGGAUGAUGCUCUAAUUGUGCAAUUUAAGAAGAAGAGGAAGCCCUCCGUAGCGCUUCUUGAAGUUCUCGAAGGACACGAACAAACUUCACGAAGCCUUCGUUGCUCGAAGGUGUCAUUGGAGGAAGCACUUCUCCCUUCGACGAGUUGA